CUUCGAACGAAAGGUGAUGAACAACCUUAAUAUAUACGAAUGGUUCUGUGAAAUAUUUCAAAUGAUUUAUAACUUGAUGUGUGUACGUAUACUAGUCGAAUAAAAAACAUUCGAUUCGUUUGUUCUAUCUAAUGUUCUAUGCUAUGAUAAAAGUUGUUUUGUGAAAUAAAAAGUUUGAGACUAUUCAAAUGCAUCAAAUUAUUACAAUAAUAAAAUCAUAUUGUAAUAUAUUACGUUACAUUGAAUUUCUUUGAAAUUGUCAAAUGUCAGUAUGUGCCAAUUAUUAUCGUUAUAUUUUUUUAAUCAAAGAAUCUUCUGAUCUUUGAUAUCUUGUGUUUCAUCGAGUCGCAAUGGUGCGAGGGAACAUAAAUCUCUCACGACCAUCUCGAAAAAAACGAUAUGUCGACCUCAUGACGGCUGAAUGAUUUUAAUGAUUUCUAUGUGAACGUAUUUUUUCAUGUACAUUUAUAAUUGACGGAAAUAAACAUUGAAGCACUGUGUGUUAAAUGUUCAAACUUAUUUAACAGACAACAGGGUAACAUUGGCUCACGUAUAUAGUUAAUGAAAUGGGUAGUGCCUGGUGGCAGUGCGCUGCAUGUCUGAGAGCACAGGAAGAAGAUAUUUGUGAAUUACAAUUAAAUCACUGUAAUCUUUAUGAUGUACCACCUGAUGUGUUCAUUUAUGAGAGAACAUUGGAGAAAUUAUAUCUUGAUGCCAAUAGGAUAAAGGAUCUUCCAAGACCACUCUUCCAGUGCCAUGAAUUGAGAAUACUUUCCCUUAGCGAUAAUGAAGUUACUGUUUUACCACCCGCCAUAGCAUCGUUAAUUAAUCUUGAAUAUUUAGACUUAAGCAAAAACAGUAUAAAAGAGUUACCAGAUAGUAUAAAAGAAUGUAAAAAUCUUCGUUCUAUAGAUAUUAGUGUUAAUCCUUUUGAAAGAUUUCCUGAUGCUAUUACACAUAUUGUUGGAUUACGGGAGCUAUAUAUAAAUGAUGCAUAUAUAGAAUAUCUUCCAGCUAAUUUCGGGCGGCUUUCAGCUUUAAGGACAUUGGAACUUCGAGAAAAUAAUAUGAUGACACUUCCCAAAAGCAUGAGCCGUUUGGUAAAUUUGCAAAGGCUUGAUAUUGGUAACAAUGAUUUCACCGAAUUACCUGAAGUUGUUGGUGAUCUUGUUAAUCUUACUGAAUUAUGGAUAGAUGGUAAUGAUAUACGACGUAUAUCUCCAAAUAUUGAACAGCUAUAUCGUUUAAAUCAUUUUGAUUGCACUAUGAAUGCAGUACAUCUUAUUCCAUCAGAAAUACGAGGAUGGAGAGAUAUAUCAAUAAUGAACCUCUCAUCAAAUGAAAUUUAUCAGCUUCCAGAUACACUGUGUUAUUUACGUACAAUUGUGACACUUAAAAUUGAUGACAAUCAAUUAAAUGCACUGCCAACUGACAUUGGUCAGAUGUCAAGCUUAGAAGAGCUUAUAAUCACUAAAAAUUUCCUUGAGUAUUUACCGUCUUCUAUAGGACUUUUACGAAAAUUGCAUUGUUUAAAUGCAGACAAUAACUACUUGCGAUGUUUACCACCAGAAAUUGGAAGCUGUACUGCGUUAUCUUUGCUUUCUUUACGAUCAAAUAAUCUUACGUGUAUACCGCCAGAAAUGGGCCAUUUAUCCUCGUUAAGAGUACUUAAUCUUGUGAAUAAUUGUAUCAAAUUUUUACCAGUUUCCAUGUUAAAUUUAACUAAUUUAAAAGCACUAUGGUUAAGUGAUAAUCAAAGUCAACCAUUGGUUCCAUUACAACAAGAAUUUAAUUGUGAAGAAGAUAUGAUGGUAUUGAGUUGCUUUAUGUUACCUCAAAAGCAACGUCAAGAUCUUGAACAAAUGGCACAAGCUGUAGGACCAAUUUCAAGCUCGAUAAUUGGAUCUGGGAAAAGAAUAUGUUUCGCUGCUGAGGUAGAAUCUGAAGUUCCCAAUCAACUUCAUCGAGCACCUACUCCUUAUCCAAAAGAAUUACGUAAUCUUGCCAGGCAUGCUCGCAAUUUACAUCAUCAAACUACACAUGACCAAAAAAUGAAUUUAGAACAGCAGACAAUGAUUAAAGAAGCUAUCAUUACAAAACCUUCAUCUACUUUAGAAAAUGCAUCCAAAUCUGGAACUUCGUUCUCACAAGGUUUUACUAAUAAGAGUUUAUCUUUAUCUAUAUCAACAAUUGAUCAUUUACCAAAAGAUUGUAAGAUUAAUAGUUCUGCAAAGUCAAUAGUGCAUCAGGAAAAAGAACACUCCAAUUCAGAAGAAUCUUCAGAUGAGGCUAAUAAAACAGUACUUGCAAAAGAAAAGAGUCCCGAUAUUCGAGAAGCAAAAUAUGUACGCAAUCCUACAUCUGAUUAUCUUGCCAAGACACCUACAGUAGCAGAUUACGUAAAUUCUACUUGGAUGCCAGAUGAAUACUCUAAAGCAAAUAUAGCUAAGAUCGUGGAAUCUGAUAAAUUUAUAGAACCAUAUAAUACUUCUAUUAUUAUUGAUGGGAAAAGUUACGAUCAAGUAAGAUCAAAUGAAUUUCCCCCAGUUCCACCACCAUAUCACAUUGCAGCUGCAUUUUCCAAAAAGGCUGCACUUUUUCAACAAUUUAAUAAUAUAUUACAUCAAGAGAAUCAUGUAACAAACUUACAAAAUACAUCUAACAUAUCUAAUGUUGAUGAUAUCCAAAAUUCAAAUGGAAAUAUAGAACCUGUUAAAAUAGAGGAAUAUGUUCAUGCAGCUAUAAAGAAUCCUACAUUCGAUGAUAAAGAAACGAGUAAUACUUCAGCUAAUGAAAAAAAAAUGGCACUUAAUACUAAUGAUCUUGUAUCAUCGCCAGAGACAACAAAUCUUGAUCAAACAAUUGAGACUGAUCGGUUCUUUAAACCAAGUAAAAUUCCAGUUCUAAGAACAAAACAUUCGGAUACUGUAAACUUUAAUUGCAACAAUGAUACAUUGAAUAAAAGUGUAAACUCACUUAUGGAAGAAUGCGAUUUGCCGAAAACAUUAAAUGUAUUAAGUAUACCUACAUCUCCUAUUACAGGAAAGAAGUAUAGGAGUCCACUUUCUUCACAAGAAAAAACUUUGAAUCAAUUAAAGAAAAUAGCAAAUGGCAAUAUUUCAAAUAAUAAUAUAUCAUGUGAUAAUACAAAUGAUAAUAAAAUGGAAAAUAUAGUAAAAAACGAAACAAGUACGAACGAUAUUUGUCAUAAUUCUGAUUCUUUUAUUACAAAUUGUAUGGAUGUUGAAAACGAUGCAGGCUCCGAUAGAAGUACGUUACUUUCAGCUAGUAACAAAUCUUUGAAUAACACAAAUAAUUUAGAUAAUAAAGUGCAUAAGAUAUCCAAUGAACCAUUAACAUUAGAAAGAAGACCACGAUUUAAAUGGAUGUUUGGACCUCACAAAAAUGCAAAUGUGUUGCCUGUUCAAGUAAAAAAAAACCCUGGUCUUGGAUUUAGUAUAGCUGGUGGUGUAGCAGGAGCUGAAACUGGUAUUAUUGUGACAAAAGUAAAUCCUGAUGGCCCAGCUCAAGGUACUCUUAGACCUGGUGAUAAAAUUUUAGAAGUUGAUGGAAUAGAUUUCACAAAAUCUGAUCAUAAUAAUGCAGUUGCCGUUCUUCGAGCUACUGGUGCCGUGGUAUCUAUGAUGAUCAGUCGUCAUCAAUAAUGAAAAAUGAAAAAUCUUUUUAAAAGUACACUAUCGUGUAUAAAACUAAAAUUGCGAUCUACAUAGAAAUUUUCACCUGGAUGUUCUAAAACCAAAUUUAUUAAUGAAUGUAACUGUAUCCCAGUGUUGUAUGUUUGCUAAGAAUGCCAUGUAUAAAUUGAUACUUAAAAUGCUUAUAGUAUGCAAUAACUUUAAGCUUUUUGAGAAGAUACUUGGGCAAACUAAAAUGUGAUCUAUAUAAUAAUGUCUGAAUAUGUUAUUUUUUAAAAUUUUAACAUUUUUUAUGGAAUGAGAUAUAGUAUUUGGUCCUUACAGUAUAAACGUGUUUUUACUAAUAGAAGACUAGACAAGGUUCUUUCUUGAAUCUUAACUAUCUAAAAAGCAGAACUGUGUUGUAUGCAGUUCUGUAAUGUUGUUUAAACAGUUGAAUUAUGUCAACUUGUUCUCUUUUGCGAGAAUUAAUAAUGUGCCAGAAAACAAAAUAUUAUUUAUUAAUUAUGCACAUACAUAUAGAUAAAUACACACACAUGUUAUGCAUAAAUUAUAUAAAAGAUUUAUUAAUUAUAGAUGAACAGGGUUUCUACAGACAUACGUAUAUCUGUCUCUGCAAAAUGUAUAAUUUGCUAUAUUCUUGAUAAUUCGUGAUGCGCGCGAAUAUUAUCUUAUAUUUUCUAUAACUUUUAUAAAUUUAUAUCACAAUGUAUAAUAACUUUUGGAACAAGAUAAAUAUGUAUGUGUAUUUUCAAAUAUGCAAAUAAUUCUAUUAUAUUAUAUUUUCAUUUGUAUUUAUAAGCAAAUUAAUCUCAUAAUUAUUAAAGGAUAUAGAAGCAUAUUUUGUGUGAAUGUGAUGGAUAAUUAAAACUAUAAAAUAAUAUUUUUCUGUAGGAACCUUGUUAAUAUAUAGAAAGCAGAAAAAGAUAUUCUUCUAUGUGCCGUAUUAAGUAACAAUGUUUAUAUAGUUCAGUUCAUUAUUAUUGAUCACAUCAAAGUUAUUAAUAUUUUUAUAUUAUCUGUGACUGAUUGGAUUCUUCACACAAUAGUAUAUGUGUAUAUUUGUUAGAUUUAUGUUGCAGUAUGUAUAUACUGUAUUUCUUUCCUCUUAUUUACAAAGGCUCCUCAUUACAAAGUACAGUUAUUUUUUUUGUGAUUUAAACAAUUUUAUAAUAUUUAGCCUUAACUUGGUACAAAUAAUAAUUUAACAGACUAACAAUAAGAACUUAUUAUCAUGGUUGUGAUUUAUCUCAUGAUUUUGAGAAACAAAUGUAUAUCUUUUAAAAACUAUGCUUUAUAACAGUCGAUAGUAGGAUAUUAUAUUUUCAGUAUUUUUUUUUUUAUAAAGUUGUAUUUACAAGUAGAAAAUUAUCACAGAAGUAUACAGUAGCAUAUAAUGAAAUAUUUAGAAUCAUAUAAGGAACAGAUAGCUCAAAUUAAUAUAAUUUUAAUAAAAUUAAUUAGAAUAAAAACCUGUAGAAAAGUUAGAAAUUCAAUGUUAUUUGAAUUUAAAUUGAAUUUUUAAAGAAAGCAAUAAUACCCACACGCACAUAUAUUAUCAAUCCAUACUUUAAUUUUACUUUAAGUUGGAGUUAUAUAUAUGUAAUUAUCCAAUUCUUGGAAUUGGUAUACUUAAUCUUAUUACAUCAUGUCAUACACACAAUGUUAGAUUAGAUUACUGCAUUUAUAAUGAAACACAAGUAUAUAACUAAAUUUGCACAGUGUGUUGUUGCAUUUAAAUAA